GCCCCAUUUCACCAUCUUUGACACCGGACUUGAGCUGGCUUUUCCUUGGGAACGCAUGGCACUGGAGCAAAGGUGAUGCCGCUGCCCAGCCCCAGGCAUGUCACUUCACAGCGCGAGGGCAUCGACGGCGAGAGCUUCUGGGGUACAGCUACAUCCCCGUCGGAGGCAUCCCCUUGCCAUGGGGCCCAGGCGCCAGCUGGCCCUGUCAGAGCAGCUCCCUGGGUGCGGCGUGCCGUGAGCCCCCACUGCGCAGAGCUCCUGGCUGAGUUGCCUCCCGCGCAAGGCCGCACCUUCAUGGCGCCGGUCCGUGCUCGCCGCCAUGAGCGAUUCGAAGGAGACGCGUCAGAUUGCGACGGACUGCAGCCUUUGGUGGCUGAUGUGGAUGCAUGCCAGGGAUUUCUGCGCCACGCCUCGUUUCGGGGCUGCCCCCUGCGCCGGCCCUUCGCCAUCCCGGCGGGGCCGGAGCAGGGAGAUGGCUUUUUCUCCCCGAGGUCAAUAGAGGCUGAGAGGGAGCAGCGCUGUCCCCCGGAGGCUGGACCACUCGCUGGUGUUGUUGGCUCACCAGACAUCAGCUUUGGAGGACACGUCUCGCUGCCUGGCCGUGCGCUCCGCAGAUGUGUGUGCAGUCCUAUCCGCAGUGGUGCGUCUUCAGAUUGCUCGCUGCCGGAUUUGCCGGCCAUGGACGCUGGGGCAUGUGGGUCCAGCGAUCGCCGCAGCCUGCAGGGAUCCAAGGUGAAGCCAGGAGAUCAGCUGAAGCGCCCACCUCGCCCAGAGUCAGCGCCCUGCAUCAGCUCCUUGGUGCCACAGGCCAGGACGGAGUCAGGUGGUGCCGCUGCCAAACCACAUCACAACUUUGUCAAACCCAGAAAGCAACCAAAACCGUCCUACCUCAACGUUAGUGCCAAUCGUCCAAGAGCUGAUGGUAGUUCAGUGGAGGAGGCCAUUGCUGCGGCCCUGGACUCUGGAGGCCACCAGCUACCCUGGGCAGAGCGGCUUCCCCGGAAGCGCUAUGCCUUGUCCAAGAUCAAGGAGAUGCCCUUUGCGCUGAGGGAACCCUACCCCGCAGCUCCGCCAUGGGGCUCCGUGGGCAUCAAUCAGCUGCUGGCCGCGCGGCGAGCCGCGCUGACGAAGAGCGGGGUGCUGGACCGUGCGGUGCUGCCGAGAUAGGCGAGACAUCCAUCGGAUCCUUUUUCGGGGUCCCUCAAACAAUUUAUUU